AUGAAUAAUAGUGAGGCUGAUCAGAUUUAUUCAUCAGAACAAAACCGAUUCCAAUCAUUUGCAAGUCUAUCAAUAUUUUCAUCAUUAACACGUCGUCAGUUAGCAUUAGCUGGUUUUCAUUAUCGAAAUGAAACAAUUUCUUGCCCGUCAUGUGGUGUUUCAAUUGAUAUUGACGAUUUAGAUGUUGAUAAAGAGUAUGAAUCAAAUUAUUUCAGAAAACUUCAUCGUGAAAAAGUAUCACAAGUUGGUAUUCGAUGUUCAUUCUUACUAGAAGAAAUUGGACAAAAUAUAAAUGAUUUAUGUCCUUCGUCAAUUGAUAAUCAAACAAUAUCCUGGAUAACAGCUGAAGAACCAGAGUAUGGAACUUAUGAAGAACGUUUAAAAACAUUUUCAUCGUGGCCAUAUCAGAAUAAUGGUGGAACAGAAUCAUAUGUUACACCAGAGAUUAUGGUAGAAUGUGGCUUUUUUUACUCAGGUCCAAGAGAUGGUGUCACUUGUUUUAAUUGCGGGAAUAUUUUGAUUGAUUGGGCAGCACUAAUCGGAUCAAAAAAUGAAAAUAUUGUACAGUUAGAACAUGCACGAUUUUUUCCAAAUUGUGCGUUUAUAACAAGUCUUGUUGGUGCCAAGUAUAUAGCGAGUGCCGGCUAUUUUCAUGCCGUAUCAACUAAAGAACGAGCACAACGCAAUCCAAUGUCACAACCAAUUAUUCCAAUUUUAUAUCCUCUAGUCUCGGUACCGUUACAUGAAAUACCCAUACCAAAAUCGGUUGAAGACUGUAUUUUAACUUAUAAUGAUUGGCCACCAAACGCACCCUUGCAAGCAAAAGCAUUAGCACAAGCUGGAUUCUUUUAUCUCGGUGAUGAUUUAAAAGUUCAAUGUUACAAAUGUGGGUUAAUUGUGGCUGAUUGGCGACCAGGAAUGACUGCAAUUGGCACACAUCGAAAACGUAUGGAAUAUAAUUGUGAAUUUAUUCAAGCUAUUGAUAGUACAAGAGAUGCAAAUAUUCAGUCGGUCAAUGAAAAAUGGAGAUUAGAAACACUAACUGGAUAUUCAUUUGAUUUUGCUAAAUCUUCAUCAUCGCGUUUAACCACAAUGAAUUUUGACGAACAGGAGAAUAAACGAACAAAUAAUAGCGAAAUUGAUAAACGUUUAUGUCGUGAACUAGCUGCUUGCGGCUUUCAUCGUGUUCAAAAUAAAAGAAUAAUACGUUGUGCAUUUUGUGGUGUAACCAUCGAGCCAAAACCAAAUCAAUCGAUUAUGUCACAACAUCGAGCAAAUGUCAAGCAAAUGGCCUUACCCACGGAAAAACAGGACAAUUUACUAACUCCGUCACAAUAUUAUUCCUCUGCUGAUUGCAUUAUGCUUCGUUGUCAAUGUGCAGCCAAUAUUCCUAUCGCACAUCGAGAAAUGUUUCCAGAAUAUCCCAAAUAUCAAUCGAUCUUUGAUCGUAUAACUACAUUUCAAGAGAAAAAUUUAGAAACAUUAUUCGGAUUUGAAAUACGAGAUAUUGCUGAUGCUGGAUUUUUUCUUGAUGUUGAAAAGCAUUUACGCUGUUUUCAAUGUGGAAAUUCGUUGCCAAUAAAUGGAAAGAGAAAACGUGAAAAGUAUGCAGAAUACAAUAUUCAACAAUUACAUGCACAUUUUUAUCCAACAUGUGAAUAUAUCAAAGAAUUACUUGGUGCGAAAUACAUUGCUCAAGUCUUACAUGAUUUUCAUCGUUCAAGUUCUUCGCGUACUCACUCUUCACUUUCGACCCAAAGUUCCGACAUAUUAUCACCAUCCUCUUCAGAAGUAUUUUCAUCAUUAAUGUCACCAACAACGACGACAAAAACAAAUGAUAACAAAUCACCAAGGCCAUUAUUCGAUGGACCCUAUAAUUCUGACUUUACUGAUGAUUCAUCCGACGAUGGAUAUGAUACAACAGUUCCUGCUCCACCAACAUCUGCUGCUAUUGAACCACACUUGAGAUCUCCUCGACCGAUGUCACAGUCACCCUCUGCUACGACAAUGGAACCAAGUCAAUGUCUUGAACGAUUUGUAUCUCCUACAAUAUUAUUGGCGCCGAAUUCAGAGGAAAAUGCAACAAAUUUCAUGAUUAACCCAAUGAUAGCGGCUGUUCAAAAUCAACAAACACCACGUAUAAGAAAUGAUGAUAGUUUAUCUGAUAAUAUUGGUGACAUAUCUCCUUCCCCUCAAUCGUCACCCGUUGAUGUUCGAUUACUAUUAUGUCAUGAAAAAAAUCGACGUGAUACAUUUAAAAAACAUAAUUUAAAAAAAUUUGCUGAUGUAUCUAUCGAAUGUUUAGCCUAUUGUGGAUUUUAUUUAAAUGGUGAAGGCACUGCAUUAUUAUGUCCUUGUUGUGAAGUGAAAGUAACAGAAAACGACUUUAAAUAUUUUAUGAAUCAUGGUGAUGGAACUGGAACCGAUGGUGAGAAAUGGACACCGAUGCAUGUUCAUCGUCAUACAAGUGGACAAUUAAUUGAUCAAAAUCGUCCAUGGUGUACAUUGGUUCAAAGAGAAUCGUUUGGCAUUUAUGCUAAUGUUGCACUCGAAGAUAGUCGAAUGAAAUAUCCUGAAUAUCCAACCUAUGAAUCAUUUGAAAGUCGAAUAAAAACAUACACAAGUGGAUGGAUCUAUCCUGGUGGCACUAGGCUUAGUAAAGAAUUAAUGGCAUCUGCUGGAUUCUUCUAUUUGGGAAAAGAAACGUGUGUUGCGUGUUAUUAUUGUGGCAAUAAACUUAAAAAGUUCGAACCAAGAGAUGAUCCAUUUGAAGAACAUGCUUGCUUCUUUCCAUUUUGUGAUUAUAUUCAACAGCAACGAGGCAUUCAUUUUAUCCGUCGAAUAGUGAUGGAAGCUAAUAGAAUACCGGAAGCUAAACUCAAAAUGGAAACAGUUGACGGAAAAGCAAUAAAACAUAUUGUCUGGGAUAAAAGUCGUUCAACUUCGAGUAAACGAAGACGUGCACCAGUAAUGAAACCGAAUCAACAUAAUAUGAAAGUUGAACCAAGUUUAUCAAUACAACCUGAAGAUAUCAAUGAUUGCUGCGUUUUGUGUUCAACAAAUCCUAGUACACAUGAGUAUGAUUGUGGUCAUUGUCAAAUAUGUGGAGAAUGUUUUGCUAAAUUACAUGGAACACAGUUAGAGCAAUGUUUACAUUGUUGUCGAAAAGCAACAAUUCGACCACGAUUGAUAACUCCAAAACUCACUUCCUCAACAUCACAAAUAUAA